UGGUCGACGAGGCUCGAAGAGCAAACAGGAACAGAAAAUGAAGCCUGCUCAAGAUGUGUCGGUGUUUGUGUGUGUGAGGGUGACAAAAAGACAGCACACAAGCGGAUGGCAAAACGAGACAUAACAUGUUUGAUUAGCUGACAGGACGAAGCUUAAGCUGACACGGUGUGUGACCGGGAUUUCAGGUUGCAAGUAAAUCGAGGUGACGAGAGCGGCAAAAAAGUGAAGGCGAGAAGCACUUCGCUGCCACUUCUGCAAGAGUACAGUAAUGCAGUUUUACCCUCAAGCUCAUUUCUGGUGGCUGCGGGCUUGAGUUGAACUGUUCGAUCCCUCCACUUUAAAGAAGGAAGCAUUCUUGGAAAUAAAACUCCAGAGGCCUUAAAUCUGCUGAACUGGACAUCUGAUGUAGAACGGAAUUCACUAUGUGCAUUUGCCCUCCUAAAAGCCAUUUAUUAAGUAUUAAGUAAAGAAAAGUAUUUUGCAUCCUAAAGUCAUGGGUGGCACAACAGACAGGAUCGGCAACUUCUUCAACCUUCUUUGGAGUUUUGUUACGGAAAAACACAACCAGGGUGUCUACAACACCGUGUGCCUGGUGGUCCUACUCACUCUGCCUCUGGUAGUCCUCCUCACCACGCUGGCGGUGUGCUGCCACUGCUGCUGCUGUCGCCAUGCCGACGGCUGCUGCGGCCGCCGCAGAGGAGGGGGCGCCACGGCAGCCGCCAAGUCGGGCCCAAAGAAGAGGAAGAAGAAAAAUGACAAUGACGACGACUUAUGGAUUUCGGUCAAGACGGGGCAGAUGAUGCCCGAUCUGGUCGCCCUGCCGAUGGAGUAGGAAGUCCUUCUCAUUGUUUCGAAGGCUUUCACAGGACAGCAAAAGAAGACUGAAAAGACUCAUGAAAUGUAAAAGCUGUGUUAAAUCUGGUGGGAUUUCAUUUAAGCCAUUUAGUAUGGGAAGAUCAUGUUUACAAUCGUUGCGGUACAGACAUUCAUAAACCCGACAGACGCCUAAACGGCGAUUUCUUGUAGAAACUAUCCUGUUAUUCGUUAAAAAACUUGCUGUUUUUCUGCUCAGGCCACUAAAAGUCUUGCUUUGGCUUCAUCAUGUGGCAUCUUAGUGCCCAGGAACAAUGUUAAAGUGAGUUUAGGAGCUUCAUGCCGCCAUCGUUUGGCAUCUAUCUAUAGGCAAUUAUAAACCUUGAUAUAUGAGUGUAAAUUAUUCACAAAUGUUUGCUAUUCGCGGCAGGGCUCGGCCCCUGGGGCUUCACUGUACGUUAUAUACUGUAGCUGCAAAUGUGUGUGUAUAUACUGUAUGCGUGCGCGGGUGAUUUCUUCAAGCUCCCAUGUGAAAUGUGUCGCAUCUGUAUUCAGUAGGCCGCGCCAGUUUUCAAGGCAGGCCUACUGCCUAGUUGUCACAAGCAAUCUAGGCUCACUUUUGAAGUAAAAAAAAAAAAAAAAAAAAACCAUACCUCUUGCGCUUGAUUUUUGGCGUAUGAAUUCAAAGCAUGCUUUUGCAACUGUCGUUGCUAGUUUGGGUCUCGGCCUGUGUUUCAAUUUUCAUCUCUGUUACGUCCCGUGGGGCGUUGGUAGCAAUAUUCGUCAAACUUUAAAGAAGUUAUACUAUGCUUUUUUUUUUUUUUUUUUUUUUUUACAAUUUUAAAAAUAUAAUCAUCAAAAUACCCAAAGAUCAACCAAUUAUAUUCUGUCUCACUAAAAGUAAUCCAUUUAACCCAACCUCAUGAACAAGUGUACGAAUAGCAUCUACUGGCGAGUUAGUGUUUUGUUAAAAUGGCGGAGCCUGUGUGUAGAAAAAUAGCAAGUGCCCAUAAAGACAGUAAAAGCAUUUUAACUCGUGGAUGCAGCAGUUCAUCCACUACACUGUGUGUAUGUGGUGCACGGGCAUGCCACAAAAGUUAAAGGCCCUGUGAAGUGAAAUCAGAGAUUUGUAUCUAAAUACAUUAUACAUGUUUGAAGAAAAUUGUUGAAAAUGCACAAAAACUGAGAACAAUGUUGGACUCAAUUGUGGAGAUACAGAGCUCUAUUUUCGUAGAUGGUGCAUCUGCCACCAUAUCCUGCGUUUGCUUGCCAAUUUGGUAGACCAGUCUGUGCCAAGCUGGGCGUUCCGGUGCGGCGAGGGUGUGUGCUCGGCCAUACGCCUGGCGGAGUGAAAAUUUGGUGGCAGAGAGUCGGGCUAAACCUAUGCCGGCUCAGAUCACAUCUAAAUCCUGGCGUAGUAGUUAGACCGCGAUUUUGGUCAAUUUGAUUGUGGCACAGACAGAUUCGGAGCUACAGUACGCGGACAUGUGUGGUGGAUGUCAGACGUAUUUCAUUCAUGAAUAUGUGAACAGCGGGAAUGAAACAAUCAAGAAUGCACUGCUUAUCAGAAGCUCAUGCUGUUAGCUAACAUGAAUCUGUGACUCCAACAAAACACAAUGCAGCUUUGCAUGGUAAUGUUUCAGACAGUGUAGCCCAGCUGUUGUUUUAAAAGUGGCUUUGGCCCUUCACCUAGUCUCACUGAUCAAGUCAUUGGGUGGAGAGCUGUUAUGGACAUUCAGAAGGAUAUGCUCACAGUUUAGAAAUAGGCAGAUUUACUUGGUUACUAAUUUUCACACCUGAUGGGCGAGUCGGCACUCCAGACACACAUCUGUAUACGACGAGCAAAUAAAAAAGUCAAUUUUACAUAAUAUGUCCCCUUUAAAAAAGGGAUAAAUGAAUGAUUGAAUUAAUAAAGUAUGUUUUAUUGAUAACAUUCAGUAUACCCCUGAAAUUAUUUUGACCAUCAAUAGCAACUUUCCAAAAUGUUUAUGCCUACAGUAGCUGUCUGUAUUAGGAACUCACAUUAUGUCGAUUUAAACAAGUUAAUGUGAGUCAAAGUAAAAUAAUUGCCUUCCAUUCAGUGUUGGAGAACAACUCCCAUGAUUUUGUCACGGAGGUCUUAAGUAACUACUUGAAAGAGGCCCCUGCAGCGCAAAGGAAAAACAGCAUAAAUAUGUUUAGAAACAUAAAUAGAGGAGAAAGCCCAAUGAUUUUGUCUGAAAAUGAGCUGUGCCAGAGGGCUUACAUUUGUGACGUCUCGAAGCGCAAUUAGGCGUAGGCAUCUCUGCAGUACGAACAUCAUUAUGCAAUUAGCAGACGCUGGCAUCCGACUCACAAGUGCUGCUGGGACAAAGAAAGACAGGCCCUGCUCUUUUCAUUAUGCCACUGACAUACACAUGCCCACGUAGAAGUGGUUUCAUUUGUUUUAGGUUAUUUGUGUUUUGAUAUUGUAUAUAUAUAUAUAUAUAUAUAUAUAUAUAUAUAUAUAUAUAUAUACACACACAACAGUAUUCCUAAUUUCAAAUGUAUCUGUGGCUAUUAAGUAAAGCGUGGAGAGUCUCUGUCACGAAAAAUGCAUUGCUACCGUCAGUACAGUCAGUAAAAAGGGUAGGGCUGUCACUAUCGAAUCAUUUAAGAAUGGAUUCUCCUGUUGAUUAUUGAUCCAAUAAUCAAAUAAUAAUUGCUCCCCCACUGGUAUUAUUAUUUUUUUUAUUUUACUACUAACAUGCAUUUUAUUCUAAUUUAUGAGGGGUGGACUUCAAUCCUUAAACUAUAUAUGUUGGUACUGAGUGUGUGGUAUAAAUUUGGUGUACAGAAUUUGAGACAGCUAAACAGUUAGCAAUUCUGAUUUGCAUUAGUGCACUAGCGAUUACUAUUUUAGGUCAACAAAACGCUAACUACCAUUCAGCUCACUGACACUUAAGACGCUCCUCUGUCGUUUUUGGCAAAGUUUAUCAUUGGCCAGACACUGCAUCCAUCUGCAAUAGAUGUCCAUGUGAGACAUUGUUCCAAGAGGAACUUUUUUUUUUUUUUUUUUUUUUUUUGUCUAGUAGAGCUUCGAGGCAGAAAUUUUGUGUACCACCUAUUUUUUAAGUCAACUUAGCCGAGUUAUUCAAUUUAUUUCCCCCAUCCCUGAUUGAUCAUUGCCAACAGCCUCCUAAAAUAUCCACACUCUCCUUUAUUCUAGGCCAUUUCCUGUCUUUAUGACAAUCUGCUUCUUCUUUGACAAUCGUGCCAUGUUUUUGUGGUUCAGUAGAAAAAUAAUACAUUACAGUAUAUUGUAUGUGGAGCCUCAAAACCUGAUAAAGGUCGCUGUUAUUCUGUUGCAGCGCAUCGUUAGAUGUGCGGUGCUCAGUCGCUUGGUGUGCGGCGAAAAGUCAGUAGUUGGAAUUUUUUCGCGAUACUCCACUUCAGUCGCCUUUAACUGUGUCGCUCGGUGUGUGGUGGGUCUUAAUUUGAUCAGUACUGUCCUCGUGUUGGUACUGUUACUCCAGAGAGCCAACUAUUUGUAUAGAAGCAGUUCAAAAAUCAGUUUUCCAUAAUAUUUCACCCUUUUUCAGUUAUAAUGAUUGAUCAUAACAACAUCAUCAACAACAAAUGGAAAAAAUUAAAUGAUGAGAAUACAUUAUUUAGGCUCAUUUUUGUAAAUUCUGUCUACCACCGUGUUAUCGAAUUGUGCUAAAAAUAUAUACAUAAUUCAGAGAUGUGCUGAUUUAACUGCGACAAAACAGUAUUUGUCUCUGUUUUACUUCUCCGCAUACUCCACUCAAGCGCAUUUAUUUCAUCCUCUGCGAAAUGACAACGAAACAUUUCAGUUCAUUCAUCCUAGCUACAAAUUAGAAAUGACUUUUUAUAUGUAAGAUAUGCUUUUAACACUCAGGUGCUCCUCUUUUUUCCCUUUUUUAAUCAUGUGCCCGACUGGUUGCGGCGCGCGUGUAAUUUAUCUUGACGUGGAGAUUCAGCAAUAAAAGGGGAACGUGUUGUGCAGGAUGACAUUGCAAGGAAAUAAAGUGUGUUUUCACCUUG